AUGAAGCUCUCAGUCCCGCGACUUGCGGCCCGGAGAGCCUUCGGAGAUCCAUUCCAUGCCAGCAAACAAAUAAAUCAGACCUCAUUAUCUCUCUCUGUCGUUCAAUCCCAAACACCUUCGGCACGACCACUUCGCCGCCACAGUCAUCUACAAUUCUCCCGACAAAGCAGCAGCAAUGCAGCAUCCAAGGCCCAAGAUGCCCAAGUAACGCCUAAAAACGAAUCAUCCGAGUCUCCGGCCCCAAAUACACAAUCAAAAGCUUCCCCUGCAUCCUCAAUAUCCGAGCACGUCCGCCUUCUCAUGCGCCAAGUCCCUUACCCAGUCGCCAUUAUCACAUCUACAGAUCCGACCGGUCCCCAAGAUACAUCAUCAUUUCGCGGCAUGACAGUCUCCUCCUUCAAUACCGUGACACUCACACCGCACCCAGUCAUCUCAUUCAACGUACGCAGGCCAUCCGAAACACUGAACGCUCUGCUCGCCUCGCGCCGAUUCCUAGUCCAUUUACUCGCGCCCGGAUCUGCAACCGCAACUCUAGCCCGAGACUUCUCUAAGGGAAACACUACGCUCGCAAGUAUACUAAGUGGGCAUGGCGACUUUCAGUUUGGGACUUUGGAUGUUUCUGCAGCUGCAGAUGCGGUGCGGGCUCAAGAUUCGGAUACGAGCGUGGCAGCUGACGAGAGACCACUUCCCAUCUUAAGAAGGCGGAACACUUCAGAGGAAAAUUCGCAAGCUGAUUUCCCGUUUAUCUUGGAAUGUAUUCUCCAUCCGAGUAAAGUGGAUGUGCAUGAUCACUCGAUUAUAUUGGGGACUGUUGUUCGGGCAAUUGAGGGCUCGAAUGCUGAUGAGAAGUAUACGGAUGGCCUGUGUUUGACAUAUGCAAAUACUAAAUUUUGGAAGAUGGGAAAGGAUAUUUGA